AUAUUACUUUGUUCUGAAGCUGGGCUAAUUAACCUAGAGAGCAUUUGCAGUUGUAUUAAAUGUUUAAACUAAAUUAGCAGGAUUUUAGCUAAUUAUAUAAAAGCCAAAUGUUUCUUUGUUUUUGUGUCAAAAAUGCAAUGUAGCUAUUGUUUAUUUUUUAACCCCUCAAAUAGUUUGCAUCCAUAAUGUAAAGUGCUUAGUUAAAAUGUAACUACAUCAUUAGCAGGCUUGACUUUUACAUUAGAGGAUAUGUCAUGAAAGGAAAAUGAAAAGUUGGAAAACCAUUUCCCACCUUGGCCUUGUUGCCUCAACAAACCUUCAAAGAAGCUCUAAGCCUCUAACAAUAGUUGUUAAUAAUAAUACAUUUUAUUUAUAGAGCCUAUUCAGAAUACUCAGAGACAGUUUAUAUAAGUUAAAGGAUCAUAAAAAACAACACACUAAAAGGUCAAGGUAACACACAACAUUAAUCACACAUGAAAAGCAGUUAUUUUUGCUUAUUUAACCUUCAAAUUGCUUUCAGCCACAUAAAUACUCAUGAUAGCUUUAUCAAUACAUUUAGAUUAAAAGGUUUAUUUAUCAUAUAUUUUCAAUAUGCAGUGAAAUGCGGGAGUGGUAUGUGCUAAAAGGCUAAUGUGCAAUAACAAUAAGAGCAAGAGUUAAAAUAAGGACUGGAAAAAAUAUAAAGGAUACAAUUUCCAAGCCAGAUGCUCUCAAUGUUCCAUCAAGAUCCAUAGUGUCAUUAUCCGACUUUGCAUUCAAAUGUGUGGGCACCCACAUGAUCUGAUGAGAUGUGGGACUCAGAUGACUGCACCUUGUCUCUGGACAAUCUGUUUUUUGAGAAACCCAUCGUCCACAAAGUAAAGCCACUGCACCAGGAGGCCAGUCCAUGGCAGCUGGAAGUGCCUCCAUCUCCUUCUCAGAUUCCAGCCACUGAGGAUAUGCAGGAGGAGGCAGAGUCUUUUUCUACCCUAUACAGUUUCUCACAAAAACCUCAGAAAUUCCUGUCUCCUUUGAAAGAAUCAACUGGCCCUAAGGUGUUGCUGUCAAACAGCUCUUACAGUUUUAACAAUGAUGAGAAAGAAAAUGAGGAGACUCAGGGCGGGAGCCACAGCACCAACAGAUAUGAUGGCCUUUGGGGAGGUGAAGGGUUCAGGGACUACUCUCAGGGUGCCUGUCAGAGUAGCAGAGAUGAAGAUGAAAUCCGGCAGGACUCUGAUCAUGCAACCAUCAGCAGGAGAUGUUUGUCUCUGGGUUGCAGCAAAAGCCCAGCUCUACGGAGAAGCUUGUUCAAGGUUCAGGUGUUGAACAGUGGAGGUGACUCGUCAAACACAGAUGACCUCAGUAGCAGCGGCAGCAGCCAGACAGCAUCCAGACCUCAAACUUUUCUCAGUCAGGUUACCAUGGUGACGGUGCCUCCUUGUCUUCAGCCACCACGGGCGACAGUUAGCCAGGCAGCUCCUCCUUUCCACCCCAAACCCCCCUUCUCCCCCCCUCCUCUGGGCUCAUCUGCAGCGAGUGGCCGACCCCCGCAGCAGGCAGCACAUGCAGAGAUGCAGGACAAGGGCACAAAGAGAGCCUUCGUUCCGCCCAUGACGCCACAGCCGCUCCGCAUACAAGGGUCUUCAGGGUCUGGAGUUUUGCGACCUGUUUCUGAAAUCCCAGCUAAGUUCAGAUCCGUGUUCAAUGAGUUCCCCUUUUUCAACUACGUACAGUCCAAAGCUCUUGAUGACGUUCUCUACACAGGUAAGAACUUUGUGGCUUGUGCUCCUACUGGAUCUGGUAAAACAGUGCUGUUUGAGCUGGCCAUCAUUCGCCUGCUAAUGGAGACCUCAGAGCCCUGGAGGGAUGUCAAAGCUGUAUACAUGGCCCCUAUCAAAGCUCUCUGCAGUCAGUGCUUUGAGAGCUGGAGGAAGAAAUUUGGUCCUCUGGGGCUGAACUGCAAGGAGCUGACGGGCGACACAGAGAUUGAUGACUUCUUUGAGAUUCAAGACUCCCACAUCAUACUGACCACGCCUGAAAAAUGGGACAGCAUGACGAGAAAAUGGAAGGAUAACUGUCUGCUACAGCUCGUCAGACUCUUCCUUAUAGAUGAGGUGCAUGUGGUGAAGGACACGACCCGUGGUGCCACUCUGGAAGUGGUGGUUAGCAGGAUGAAGGCCGUACACGCCUACAGGACAGCACAGAACCCAGAGUCAGACCUCUCUAUGAGGUUUGUGGCUGUGUCAGCCACCAUACCCAACAUAUCUGAUAUAGCAGACUGGCUGUCUAACGAGACUGGUCCAGCUACAUAUCUGGACAUGGAUGAGAGCCACCGUCCAGUGAAGCUGAGAAAGGUGGUUCUGGGAUUCCCCUGCAGCACAAACCAAACAGAGUUCAAGUUUGAUUUGUCACUCAACUACAAAAUGGCCAACAUCAUACAGACUUACUCUGACCAGAAGCCUGCACUAGUGUUUUGCUCCACGAGGAAAGGAGUCCAGCAGUCAGCUACAGUUCUGGCCAAGGAUGCUCGGUUCAUCAUGAGUAUUGAACACAAGCAGAGGUUGAUGAAAUACGCAAACUCUAUUGUGGAUUCAAAGCUCAGAGAUCUGGUUAUGUUAGGAGUUGGUUACCACCACGCAGGAGUUGACAUGUCAGAUCGGAAGUUGAUAGAGAAGGCCUUCACUCUGGGAGACCUGCCAGUCCUCUUUACCACCAGGACUCUGGCCAUGGGGGUGAACCUGCCAGCUCAUCUGGUGGUGAUCAAGUCUACCAUGCAGUAUGUCGCAGGCUCCUGUGAAGAGUACAGUGAAGCUGACCUGCUGCAGAUGAUAGGCCGGGCUGGAAGACCACAGUUUGACACAUCUGCCACUGCAGUGAUCAUGACUAAAAUGCAAACCAAAGACAAGUAUAUGAAACUUAUGAAUGGGAUGGAAAUCAUUGAGAGCAGUUUACACAGUCACCUGGUGGAGCAUCUGAAUGCCGAGAUUGUUCUCCAAACCAUCAGUGAUGUUAACAUGGCUCUGGACUGGAUACGCUCCACCUUCCUCUACAUCAGAGCCCUUAAGAACCCCACACACUAUGGUUUCUCUGCCAACUUAGACAGAUAUGGAAUCGAAGCAAAAUUGCAAGAACUGUGUCUGAAGAACCUCAACUCUCUGUCCUCCAUCGGUCUGAUCAACAUGGAUGAGGAUAUCAAUAUCAAACCUACAGAGGCUGGCAGGUUGAUGGCUAGGUACUGUGUUGCCUUUGACACCAUGAAACAGUUCAGCAAAGUGGCGGGCGCAGAGAACCUGUCUGACCUGAUUGAGCUGAUGUCGAAGAGCAGAGAGUUCAGCGACAUUCAGUUGAGAAUGAAUGAGAAGAGACCUUUGAACACCUUGAACAGGGAUAGGAACAGGAUCACCAUCAGAUUUCCCAUUGAGGGAAAAAUCAAAACCAGUGAGAUGAAAGUGAACUGCUUGAUUCAGGCUCAGUUGGGUUCAAUCUCAAUUCAAGAGUUUGGACUCACACAGGACACAGCAAAAAUCUUCAGGAAUGGGAUGCGCAUCAGCAAGUGCCUGUCAGAGUUUCUGAGUCAGCGAUCCAAGACAGGCUUCAUUGCUCUUCUCAACUCUCUGCUCCUGGCUAAAUGCUUCAGAGCCAAGCUUUGGGAGAACUCGCCAUAUGUUUCUAAACAGCUGGAGAAGAUAGGCCAGACCCUGUCAACGGCCAUGGUGAAUGCUGGACUCACCACUUUCAGCAAAAUAGAGCAAACCAACGCCAGAGAGCUUGAGCUGAUUCUCAACAGACAUCCACCAUUUGGAAACCAAAUCAGAGAAUCAGUCAUACACCUCCCGAAGUAUGAAGUUACAUUGGAGCAGCUAUCGAGGUAUAGCUGUGAUAUAGCGGAGAUUGUGGUUAAGGUGAACCUAAAAAACCAAGCACAGCUGCUGCCCAGGAGAACGUCUCCAGACCGCCACUAUGUGACUUUGAUAAUCGGAGAUUCUGACAACAAUGUGGUCUUCCUGCAGAAACUCACGGAUUUGGUUCUGGUCAAGUGUUGCAGCUGGUCAAAGAAGAUUGAGGUGGCAAAGGCCUCGAAAGGAGAGGAGAUCAGUGUCAAUCUCAUCAGCUCAGAAUAUGUGGGCCUGGACAUCCAGCAGAAAUUCCAUGUAUACUUUUCUGGAGCCAGGAGGUUUGGGACUGAUAAUCCAUACAACAAACCGUAUAAUCCUACUGGACAGAGACUGCAGCACCCUGAACUGAAACCACAGUCCAUAGACCAGGCUGCACCACAAAACAGAACAGCCACAUUUUCUACAGACCAAGAUGUAGGCAAUAAAAGACAGUGCAACCACUUCUGCAAGAACAAGGAUCAGUGUGGUCAUGACUGCUGUAAAGUAGGUGUAGCUGUGGCACGGAAGAGGUCAGCAAAUCAAGAAUCCAGUUUCUCUUCCUAUUUGAAAGACCUGAGGAGCAGGUGUGACACACUCGACCAGACUCCUGUCAAACGACUUAAGCUGAAAAUGAUUGAGGAGUCUGUGUCUGUCAACAUGCAGGAAUUUUCUUACAAACCCAAAGAGAGGCUACCUACUUUUUCCAGGUAUGGAGGAAAUCAGCAUGAAGCUUCGGUCAGACCUCACAUUGAGACUGUGGAUCUGACAAGAGAAGACUGUUCACAACUGCCAGACGUAGUUCAUCUGGAUGAUUUUGACAGUGGUUCCUCGGUGUGGAUGAACCCUGGAUUUAGUGUUGGUGUGAGUCAGAACCCUAAACUGCAUGUGAACCAGAUCAGUACAGUCAACUCAAAGAGGUCCACUGUGUUAUCAAAUCAGGGCGCUCACAGCAACAACGUGUCAUUGUCACAAAUACCAACUGUCUGCUUUGACCUUGGAAAUGAAUGGGACGACUGGGGCGACUUUGAUGAUGAGAACUUGGUGCAUGCCAGCGAGACAUCACUGACCUCAUGUGCACCUAAUGCUAAACCUCAAGUCCAGCAGCCAGACUAUGCUGCUACAUCAGCACCAGUACUCCUCAGUCAUUCACAAGUAAAACCCUGCGUAACCACAGCACCACUGAGGUCAAUUUCACCAACUGAAAGUCCUGAAAUCAGAAAACCAGGACCCUCACAUGUCCCAGUCAGACAGCAGAAUAGAAUCACACUUGAUUGGAAUAAAAAGAGACCAAGCAUUUUCAGUGAAGAGAUCACAGUAAAAACACCAGAAAAUCUCCCAAAACAAACUGAGACCUUCGUGACCCGAAUGACUCAAAGAUUUGACUUCUUCUCAACAAUGAGCGUCCCAUCCAGUGCCAGCUUGUCUGGCAACAGAAGCAAAGAGGAGGAAGCUUUCAUCGGGAUAUUUGAUGGUAUAUUUUAGAAGUACUGCAUGUCUAACUGUGACAAAUAUGUCAGUAACAUGAAGAGUUUUCUUUAUGUUUGUUGAUUUAACCCGUUAGAGACGUUAUAGACUGUUUUAAAGUCUUGUUAGUGUACAUGUUAUAUUUAUAUUGUAAAUGAAACAAAUGGUUUCUAAUGUUACUUCUCAGUAUUGCUAAUGUAAUUUAUGUAUUUAUGUAUUUAUGCAUUUAUUUAUUUAUUUCUUAUUGGAUGAUUCAGUGCAGCCUCAGUGAGUAAUUUCUCAAGAUGUAAAUCAGUUUGUUGUUUAAUUAGAAUUGGCUUUCCCCCAAAAGUCUGACUCAUUUUGCCAUUUUGUUAAUUAAUUUUAACUUCAAAGUUUUUUAGAUGUGUAAAUAGAUGAGGGCUUAAUCCUCUUAAAGCUUUAAAUUACUGUGUGUAUUUAUUUGUCACAACUGGAUACAAUUCUGAUGUCACAAGAAGAUGUUCGCAUCCCUUCAGGUCCACACACAGAAAGCAGCCUUUGCACUUGUAUUAAUAAAACUGCCAAGCUCUUUGA